CAAAAAUCCGUUCAAUUUCUGUGGGAAAUUUUCAAACUUCUAGCUAUUCUUAUCUGUGUUGCAGUCAUGGGCUGAUUCAAUCUUUUCGCGAAGCGUUUAAUUAUGUAGCUGUAACGAGAUUGAAGUAAAGAUGGUCUCCACGUGGCUGCAUUUUCGUUGCAGAAUUCCUGAAGUUUAGGUAAGCUUACCGAAUUUAUAAUCUUUGAAUUCACAAGGCCUCUCUGUAGUUUUUCAGUUUUUACGUUUGAGAAGAGAAAAAGCACCUUGUCAGUUUGCCAACAGGCAAGCGAUGAUCUUUCUACAGUCGAGUAAACUCAGACAGAUCGCGUGACUCCAAAGAACAUGAGAGAAGAGAAAUUGAUUUUGCAAAUAGACCCUCUCACGGUUUUCGACGCCAUCUUGACGAGUAGGCAUACUUGUAAGAAAUUACAGUGUUUGUAUGAGAAUCUAAUGUAGAAUAAUUUCCGUAAAACGGCUGUUCUGAUAAAAAUAUAAUUGUAAACUAGAGCUACAAAGCAAAGGAUUGCGCUAAGAAAUUUUGGGGGCGUACCUGUGCUUAAAUUUCUCCAGAGGCUUGCUUCAAAUUUUCCAUAUAAUUAUUUGUCUGUAAUUUUCCCGGGACUUUGUUACAGAGAAAUGUAAAGAAAAUUUGAAAAAGGGGCUCUAGAUCCUCUAGCGCAUGUAAGGCCUUCAAUUUUUUUCAGUAGAAUCCUUAGGAGUGAAGGUUUAGUUUACAAUUGACAUCUUUUUCAGAACAGCCGUUCUACGGAAAUUACAUUAGAUUCUCAUACUAAUCAUAACUAUAACAAAAUUCUUAAAUCUGAUUGGCUAUCAACUGCCCUGAUUUCAGCCUUAAUAGGACAGUUAAAUAGGACAGUAUGCGUCAUGCCUAAGUAAUUGGACAGUACGCGCCAUCACGCGCACGCUUAAAUGGCUUUUUUUUUCACUGCUAGCAAAAAAAUCUUGGAAUUUCUUGUGUUUUGAUUAAAAAAAGGAGCCUAAUAUAUCACAAAUUUUGUUAAAGUUAUGAUUAAUUGGUAACAGAACUUCGUGUCGUCCAAUUCGGUCUGUAAUCAUACUCGUGAUUAAACAAAUCGGACUCCCGCUACGCGGUCGUCCGAUUUUGUUAAUCACUUGUAUUAUUACAGACCAAAUUGGACUCCACUCAGUCCUGUUACCAUUACAAACACUGUAAUUUCUCACGCGUUUGCGUACUCGUCAAGAUGGUGUUGAAAACCGUGACAAGGCUUAUAACAGUAAACUCAGCCACAAGUUGCCACACGUUAUCCCAGGAGAGGUACUCCGGAUUUCAAGUGACGGGGAUGAUCGAAGGAUAUUUUUUGGGGGGUUGAAAUUUUCGAUUGUGAUAAAAAUUGGGCAAAUAUUUUUUUGGGUGGCUUGGUGUACAUGCAAGUAUGGACUUUUCUAGGUAUUUAAACAAACUGAAGAUUCUUGGUUGUGCCAGUGUAUCCCACUGCAAACACAAACAUUGAAUUCCUAAUUUCUUUUUUCGUGCUUUAUCAUUUACUUCUUUCUGGAAAAUGUUAAGGACUAUCAGGCUCAAAAAUUCGGCAUGGAAUUUUUUUGAUGUUGAUUUUUUGUCCAGGGAUUUUUUGGGGGGGGUUAGUGUUGGAAGCCCUAGGGAUUUUUUUGGUUUUUGAUUUUUGCCACCAUUUGAUCAUCCCUGUCGCUUGAAAUCCGGAGUACCUCCCUGGGCAUGUCAUACGGCUUCUAAGUUUUAGUGGGCACCUUGUUUAUUACGGCCAUUUUAAUUUGUCCAGGCAAAAUAGCCACACAUUAAGGUGGCCCCAUCAUUUAUACUGGAGCAUUUAGCUGUGACAAACAGGGUUGUCGCUAAGAUUUCAAGUUGCCGGGUAUUUGUUGUUAGUAGCCGGGGAAGUCGCUAGCAGUCGUGGACCCCCCCGCUCCCAAAGAAGUUUUUGAAGUGCAACUUCUACCGUUUUCAAAAAGGCAUUACUGCCCAAAAAAAGCAAUCUUCAUCAAGAGCAGAGCUAUCAUUGGCGGUUUUAUGAUGAUCACGUCUUUAUUAAAGAAAACUACAACAUUCUGAGACACUAGAAUAUUAAGUUUUUAUUUUACGUAAAGGCUCAUUGGGGGGUUUUUUUAGUGGCGCCAAAUGGGAGUACAUGUAAGCUCUGGGUCUGAAAAAGAACGAAACAACUUACAGAAAUCAAAGGUAAAACUAAUAUUAUUACAGAUGAAUUAACCCACGGAGGAGUGGAAAGAAGACAAGCGGUCGAUGAAUGUACGAAAAAGCAUCACAAACAUGAGGCUAAUAUGGUUUGUUGGAAAAUAAAAGUAUGAUAAGGCGAAAACAAGCAUAACGUAGGAAAAAUCGCCGGAUAAAAUAUGGCAAAACUAAACUGCACAACUGGUAACAUUAGUGGUCUCGAAUUUAGGAACGAAACAUCACUUAACAUACGAAGAAACUGACCUACGGAAAAGUGUUUAAAAGACAGGGCUAAUACUUUAUAAACGUCGCUGAGAUGUCGAAACGAGACUUCUCUUUUAUAUAUAACUUCUUGAAAGUAGAACUGAGAGGAUGUGACCUGCCGACAAUGAUCGAACAUUUCCCAUUGACCAUGCAUUAUUUUAUAUACUCGAUACCAAAAGGUUAAUGUAGAUCUGGUCACUGACUAAUGACAGUUUAUUAAACAUAGCAAUCAGUCAGUCUUCAUCUUCAAAGCCUUCGUCACAAUCCUCAUCAUCAUCAACAUCAGCAUCGGAAAUUUAACGCUUGGAUGAAGCCUCAACUUCUUCUGCGAUGUCAACAGAGAUCUACUCAGAUCUUUCAUCGUGAACAAAGAGUGCAGAUUCCUUUGCCGCUUCUUCGACAUGUUCAAAAACAAAGCCGACACAAUGGCUGAAACUGACAUUUCGCGAACGGAGAGUUCUCGCGCGUGUGUACUAGUACCAAAUCUAAGUAAGAUUUCUUUCUUCGACAUUUCUUAGUUUUCGCCCGCGAGUUUUCCAAAAUCACUUAAACCUGCUGAAGAUGAAACUUGCAUUAAUUUAAUAUGAUGCAUAGUCUUUGUGUGUUUCAAAGGUGUGCUAUAAUUCAAUGCUUAUGUCCUUUUUAAAGUAGAAUUUUCAGGUGCUCUUUUGGUUUAAUUUAACGACGAAAGUAGCUGGGGACCAUGCUCUGAGUAGCCGGGGGAAAUCCCCAGCCCCCGGCCCUUAGUGACAACCCUGGACAAAUUUUCUGUCAACUUUUUCCUUUUUAACGUGAUGGCUGUGAAACUUUGCAAAGAACAACAAAUAUCAAUCGGCAAUAGUACAAAAUAUUCCAAUUUCAUUGAUGGAAAAUAUUUCUUGAGAAAUUAGCACUUAAAAGGACCCUACUGUUCAAAGAAAAUCGCAUCUAGUAACAAAUUUUUUUGAUAUUUUUUACCUAAAUUUCUGGUAUUGACUUUUAUUGAUACAAUAAAUAUGCUGGAGAAAUUACAGAAAAAUAGUUGGAGCAAGAAGUCCGUAACUAAAAUUCGCUCAAAAUUCAGCUGUGGAAUUGUUUUGGAAUGUGUGGUUCCAGAAAAUAUCCAGACCCCCACCAUGGAGGGAAUUGGAAAUUCCAGAGGGGAGGGGGGGUCAGAGCGCCAGGAAAUUCCAGAAGGGAGGGCUGUUGGACCAUAAAAUCACUUUCCAGGGGGUCAAUAUCAUUUCGUUUUCGACCUGAGUUGAACAUUGCUUCUUACCGACCUGGUAGAUCAUUUUUAGGAGAUAAAUAACUUGAAAUGUAUCACUUAAGAUUGUUGCUUUGAUUUUAACCAGGUUUCCUUUCUUCCAAAAGCAUUUUGGAUGUAAUUUCAAAGGAAUUAGACCGACUACAACUCGUUUUAUCGCUAUUUUAUCGCAUGCUCGUGUAUUCGGCCGCCAUUACUCGUUACCAGUCUCCUUCAAAAUAUCAACGCAUGCAACACAUAACGUUGUGUCAGUCGAUCAAUCAGUAGAGUUGCAAUUUUGCCUCACGAAGCACAAGCUAUACAUUGUAACCAUUUUAAAAUGUAGAGUUUUUAUUCUCCUUUUCGUUUUCCCUUAAUUUUGUGGUUGAAGGUGUGGCAUGUUUAUGAUCGAAUUCUCGCUGAAAUGGUGUCGAUUUCACCAAACAUUUAUAUGGCCAUCGGGCAUCAUGUCACAUCAGUCGAUCGAAAAACAGUAAAGUGAACUUGGUUUCCCUUCAAGAUGCAGGGGGUAUUCAUUGUUAUCAUUUCAGAAUUCAGAGUUUUUAUUCUUCUCUUUGUUUUGCAUUAAUUUGGUGGUGGUAAGUUUGACUUGUUCUGCAUUCCCGCACGAAAUGGCGUUAAUUCUAUCAACAUUACGCCCAUAAAGACGAAUAACAAAUCGUAAGCUUGUCCUGAUUAAGGUAAAUUCAAAUAUAACGGACUUAUUAACUUUCUCGGUUUCAUUUAAAGUAAGAGAUGUACAAAAAUUGCGGAUCAGGUUACUUUGUGGUGGUGUGGUGUGUUUUAAUGUUGCGAGAUCACUCAAAUAAAUGGAAACAGAAGGAUACAAGCUUCUGAUGGAAACCGUUGCGUACUAACCAUAAAUGGCCUCAUUCUUCUAAUUUAAUUGUCUUUCUUCGUGAAAAUGAACUUUUCCAGAGGGGUUGGGGGGUCUUUGUCACACUUGUGGAAAUUCCGAGGGGGUGGGGGGUCAUCUGAUCCCUGCAAAAAUGGAAAAUCCAGGGAGGUGGGGGGGUCCUAAGUAAAAUUCUCUCCGUGGUGGGGGUCUGGAUAUUUUCUGGAACUACACAAUUUCAAAAAUAAAUUACUAUCAUGUAGAAGGAGCCACCAGUUUGAAUCGUCGCAACUCUAUUUGCAACGUGUGAUAUUUCCGACUUCCAAUUUAGGUUUUCAUUCAAAAUUACGCCUAGAAAAUUUGUCUCCUUUACUUUAACAAUAUUUUGAUUAUCUAUACUUAUUUGAAUAUUACAAAUUGAAUGCUUUUAUCUUGGUUUAAAGACCAUAAAUUUAGUCUUUUUAAGAUUUAGAGAAAGCUUGUUUGCUUUAAACCAGAUUGACAUCUCCAAGUUUAACAUAUCUGAAAGAUACUUCAGAUCUUUAUGUGGCAUGAAUACAUUGGUAUCGUCAGCAAACAAUAUCAGAUCUAAUAGAUUAGAAGCAUUGUUGAUGUCGUUAAUGUACAGUAAGAAAAAUAGAGGUUCGAGGAUAGAACCCUGAGGGACCGCACACGAGAUUUCAUUUCUUAAUGAAUGGCGGCCAUUAUAUUCAACAUAUUGCUUUCUGUUUGAAAAGUAACUUCUUAUCCAGUCCAGCGCUAAGCCACGAAUACCGUAAUGUUAGAGUUUUAAAAAGGAUGGCAUGAUUUACAGUGUUGAAGGCUUUUGAGAGGUUAAGAAAAAUACCUAUGAAAAAUUUACCUCAGUCAAAGACCAUGGAGAUGUUAUCAUGCAAGUCAAUUAGCAUGAGUGCUGUGGAAUGAUUUUUCCUGAAGCCGUAUUGGUUACUACAGAGGAUGUUGAAAUUCAUCAGAUAUUGCAUUAAACGAUUGUAGAUAACUCUUUCAAAGAAUUUUGAAGCUCAGAUAAAACUGUCCAGCACCGUUGUUUAUGACCAGACAAUGAGAAUGAGCGGCAGCUCUGCGAGGAAUUCACACCUCAGUCAGGGGGGACAAAUGACAAUGGUGCCCCUGUAUGUAUGGCAUGUUUUACUGCAGGGCAAAACACGAUAAUCAAGAAAAAACUGCCCAUUCAUUGAAGGAAGGAGUGACAAAAAUUUCAGAGUUGUAAAUUUAUUCACAGGCAGUAUUUUUACAAUAAUUUUAUUUUGCACUGUGAUGUAAUUCAGUUCACAGGCAUGGGCAUCAUUGUCGUUCAUCCCCCCUGGGUAAGGUGCAAAUUCUUUGCAGAACUGCCACUCGUGCUCAUUUUGUAGUCAUAAACAAAGAUGCUGGAUAGUUCUAUCUGAGCUCUGAUACGAGGUAGCAUCCAAUCUCAAUACCUUUUUCCUGAGUUGGAAGCAACGAACAGAAUCAAAAUGUGUGCAGCAGGAGUUUGAUCCAAAACUGCCAAGGGAUAUUUUAAAAAUGUCGAGGAACAAGUUAUUCUACUUCAGAGGAAAGUUUGGAGCAAUUUAUAGUGCUUCUAAAACUAAAAAGUACCUUUUAAAGAAUAGCACGAUAGGCAAUUGGCUUUUCUUUUAAGAAUAAGCAAACACUGAAUUUACUUGUCCCGAAAAUUCAAAGUGUCUCCUUCUACCUGAUAGUAAUUUAUUUUUGAAAUUCCAAAACAAUUUCACAGCUGAAUUUUGAGUGUCUUUUAGUUAUGGACUUCUGCUCUAAUGAUUUUUCUGAAAUUCCUCUGGCAUAUUUAUUAUAUCAAUAAAAGCUGAUACCAGAAAUUUCAGUAAAAAGUAUCAGAAAAAUUUUUAACCAGAUGCCAUUUUCUUUGAACAGUAGGGUCCUUUUAAUUGCUAAUUUAGCAAAAUAUAUUUACCAUCAAUGAAAUCGGAAUAUUUCGUACUAUUGCAGAAUGAUAUCUGUUGUUCUUUGCAAAGUUUCUCAGCCAUCGCAUCAAAAACGAAAGAGUUAUGACGAAAACUUCGUCACAGCUAAAUGCGCCUGUAUUAAUGACAGAGCCACCUUAACUGGGAGAGAUUUAGAAUCACUUUCUGCAAAUGACAGACGUCAGACUCAGGUUGUAAAUGUCUCAAAUCAGGAAAUAAGCAGAUAAAAGCAAAGUAAUUGCGAGCGACAAGAGGAGCCCACAAUCCUAAUCUCCAGGUUGUUAUUACGCAUGCGUCACAUGGAUGUAGCCAGCAUCCGUUUGGACUUCCCACUAAGAAUGUAUGGAAUGCACAGGACGCACUUUAAUCACACGCAUUUGGACAUUCUACCACUCGUAAUCUGAUCACGCAUGUGUUGACACUCUGUCGUGAAACUUAUGCAAAGCACAGCGCUAUAUAGCAAAAGCACUUUGACCUUCAAUUGUUGUCACCCGGCACUCCAUAACCUUUGGUUAUUACUAGUUGUUUAGGACAUGAAACUGAUGUGAAACUUCUUUUUUUGUGGAGAACAAUAAACAGUAAACAACAAGAAACUGAGAAACUUGGUCAUGUGUUCAAAUUGACGCUUGGCAAAUACAGUAAACAUUAUUCUAUAUCUCUCUAUUUCUCAAAAAGGCUAUGUUAAUGCAUCCAUUGGCUCCAUUAUAAAAUUCCAACAUGAACACAUUUGGGUGAUUUUCCAGCUCAUUCAAGGACUCACAGGAUUCAUUGAAAAAUAAUGAACAAACAAAGUUAUAAACAAAGGAACCAGCUAACCCUAAACCAUAAGGGCUGUGGUAUUUAUAUGCUGUAGGGAUCCAAAUGAAAUGAGAGUAUGUAUAAAGAGUUGGAACAUUACUACUGUAAAAUUAUUCAUCUGCAAAUAUUUCACCUCAUUAUUAUGGCUAGUGAUGGGCAAUGUGCAUUUCAAAGGAUGGUUAUCAGCUUUAUUAGAGCUCGCGUAGACAACUUUUGCACCUGAUUUUCUGUAGGGGAAGAAAUAUUUAAAAUCACAUCUGAAUGAGCACAAGUUAGUCACAUAAACAGGCCUAAAAGAAAGGCAUAUUCUGCCCCAGAAAAUUUUGUAAUUGCAAAGUGCAAUUUUCAGCGUUCUGGGGACUAAAUUUGAGGUCAAAAGAGCGUGUUCAGUGUGCAGAGAGAGUAGUGUCCGAUAGCCCCGGGCUAGUGGAUUUUGCUAUCGGGCUUCCGAAUUCUCUUUUUAACUACCCCAACAGGCAAGUGAUGUUUUUUGAGGAAUUCAAAUAACAGAAGAACUGUGAUAUCAACUCUGCUUAUCACAAAGCUUUUGGAGCUAGUUGAAAUGACGUCUGGGCUAGUAAAUGCUAGCUUCAGCUUGCCCGAAUGACAAGUGUAAAAAUGAUUUUCUUUGCACCCUGGUGCUUUUCAUUUAAGAAAUUGUAGCUUUCAGUAAUUGUCAGUCACAGUCAAUUCCUGCAAGGAGUGAAACACAUCAUAAUUACAUUUUCAUGCAGAUUUUAUAAUAUGUUUUUUGUUUACAACAUUAUUGAAACUAGUUGCUUCUUCGUUCUAGAAAAAAAACAUAAGCGACCCAUUUUGUCGGCCGUUGGUGCUUAUUGAAACCCCUGGGUCCCCCCUCUCUUUUAAGACCCCCCCCCCCCAUCUCCUCAACCUUAUUAUUCUUCAUUAAUAAAUGAUAGACUGUAUAAAUCAAUCACAACUAUAAAACUUCAUUUGGACUGAUCCAGCAUGGUUUAUUCUUGUGUUGGAAGUGCGGAUUUAUUUUUUAUGCUUUGCUGCAUCAGCUCCAACUUGCAUUGUUGUACUUAAGCUUUUCCACUUUGAUUUCUAUUUCUUUAUGGAGAGCUGAUUAAUGACCAUCUUGGAUAAAUAUUGAAUAAGCCCAUCCCCACUUAAAUGUGUUUGCAAUAAAUAAGCCCCCUGGGGAUUAAUUGAUUUACGGUAAACAUUAUUCAUUAUUAGGGACUUGUCAGAAAUUAGCAGGGGGGGGGUGGGAAUUUUAAGUUUGGGUUCGGAAAUGAGGUGACCCAUCCCUACAAUGGGAGUGAAAUUUGCUAAUCCUCCCCUAAUCCUGCCCAAGAGCGGUGCUUGUUUAAUAUUAUGGCCUAGGGUGGGCAACUUUUUGGGGGAUCAGGCUGCCAGGGUGUCACAUAUACAAAUGAAAUACAUAUACAAAAUGUUGAUUUUUUUUCCUUAAUCCUGGAGAUAGUCACAUUUGCAACUAGCCCACCAAUAAAAUGCAUUUGAAAUAACCCCUGGGGGGUUAGUAGAUUUAUGGUAAACAUUGAUUCAAUAGGAAAAACUGUUUGAAUGCAGACGUCUAUGCAACGCAUAAAUAAAACUGACGGGUUCCUCUUGCCAGAUCUCUAAUUAAAGAGAUGCUGUAGCCAGACGUCACUUGAUGCGUGAAAUGAAACAAAACUGAAUGCAAGACUGGCACUAUAUUAUAGGCCUAUAAUAAAUCAGCCAGCCUUGCAUUCAGUUUUGUUAAUUCAAUAUAAUGCCUUUCACUGAGUGUUUACAACAAUGGUUGGUACAAUCAAGUGUACCAUAGGCCCAUUACACACUUUAAACUUUUGUUUUGGUUUGCAUGUUUAUUCUCUCAUUAUUAUCAUCAUUGAAGGGGAUGCUUACAGUGUAUUCAAGAAAAGCGCUUGUUUGUUAUUAUGGCCCAUGAGGUGGGCACCUUUUUGGGGAGGCCACUGAGGUGUUACAAAUAGAAAUGAUUGUUUUUUCUUUUCUUAAUCCUGGAGAUGGUCAAAAUUGCAAAGCCCACCAAUCAAAUGCCCUGCUACAGUACAUUUAUGUCUUGGCUGGGCAUAGGGGAUACCUACAUUGACUUGUGUACGACUUGCAGUACCAUCAGCCAGGCAGCACAACAGCGCCAGUUCUAAAGCAAUAAUAAUUUAUUAUUAUAUGUAACUGGAAGAACUGUUCUUUGUCUUGAUUCAUUGCCCUUUAUUUCAUUAUUAAGGUUACUGCUACCAAUCAGUUCAAAUUUCAAGAUGUGUGGGUUUCAGAGGUCAAGGAUUCAUCUACCAAGCUUUGGUAAGGCUUUUUUAUAUUAUUCAUUUGUUGUUAUCAGAAUUUCAUAACUACAUGUUUAUAAUAAAAUCCCCCCUGCGGGUAGGGGAGGAGACACUGAAGGGAAGUACUGCCAAGGCCUUAAACCUUGAUAAUCCUAUUAAUUAAUACAAAAACAGUUCAUUCCUGCCUGCCCAACCCCAUGGGGGUACACCUUUACAUGUACACUUGAGUAUCAUCCAGACAGUGGGGUCUAGGACUCCCCCCCUUCUGCCAUUAUAUUCCAUGGAUAAUACUGUAUUUAUCCCAGGGGUAUACUGACUGAAGAAAUACUCUUCUCAAACUCAUUAGUAAUUCAUAGAGAAAAUUCAAAGGAAAUUAAUGUUUAACGAGUGUUUGGAUAUCGGAUGAAAAACUGCUCAUUUUUGCAUCCUUAAUUUCUCCUUCAAAAAUGAUUUUGUUUGAGAACAAAUAUCAAACAUUCGACACAGUGUUUCAUCACCAGACCAGAUGAAACACCUCGAAGUUCGUCAAAAAUACUCCGCUACAUGUCGUAUUUUCAACCCUCUUCUCGGUGUUUCAUCUGGUGAUGAAACACUGCAUCUCAUGUUUGUUAUAUUACACGAAAAAUAGCGUUAAUGCAAAAGAUGUUAGUAAAGUUUGAGUCCAGGGGUGCCUUUUUAUUCAACCCAAAUUCCGGAAACUUUGGUUAGAAAACAAAUGGAACAGACCAUUUUGGUUCGGUUUGGCCAGAAUAUUUGACAACACCUUUGAAGGUGGUCCACUUUGGACUGUCCCACUGGUAUGCCCGAAAUGACCCUUUCCAUUUGACAUAAUUGUUUUCCCUGCUACUGCUCAUCUGUACCCUGCUUACAAGUACCUACCCAAACACACAGUGGCUUGGGUUUGCAGGGUUCUAUCUAGGAUUUAUCGUUUGGGGGAGAAGUCCAGAGUGGCCGAAGGCCACGAGCUUCCUAGGGGGGUCCGGGUGCAUGCUCCCCCGGAAAUAUUUUGAAAUGAAUAUGCGUUGAGAUGCAAUCUGGUGCAUUUUGAGACCCAAUUUUUGAGAAAUGUUACAGUGGUAUUUAUUUUAUUUUUUAGUUGUAAUCACGUUCUGACAAUGUUACACUUAGCUCUGAUAUUUUUUUGGGGGAAGCUUCUACCCCUCAAAUACCCUAGAUAGAACCCUGGUUUGAAGUCUGUACAACUGGAAUGUAGUUAGUGUGCCAUUGGGUGUGUGGAAUUUCCAAAAUUUCAAACAAUAAUUUUUGUUGAAUGGAACGCACCAUAAAGCUAGAUGUGGUUGGUGUUCAUCUGCUGUGUCUUGGGUUGACAAGAGGUUUUAAUAAUUAAAUAAUUGGAAAAACAUACCGUUAAAAGCAUUAUACUGUGUCUUUGGAGUACAAGGUUACACCCAAAGUAUGACGUAUCCAGGGCUGUUAUUAAGAUCAAGGUGUGGGCCUGGGAUUUCCCCUGGCUACCCUAAACAUUGCGUCUCGCUACUUUUGUAGGAAAAUGGAUUGAAGAAAAAUAGAAGCAAAAGAAAGCUCCAGCUGUUUGAUUCCCUGCCUACUUGUUGUUGUACCCAGCAACUUGAAAUCUUGGUGACAGCCCUGUUUAUCACUACAUUUUUUUAUCUUUAUUAUAUAAUAAAAACACUAAUGAAUUAAUUAAUUAAACACCAAUGAAAUACCAGGUGAGCUUUUCAUGACUAACUUGUUAUUUUCACAUACACAUAGAAAGAUCAGCAUUGUUAUCAUUACAUAAGAAAUCGCACCUUGUACGGUGGUGCCUCUGACAGCAGUGCCUUUGUCAAAGUAAUUUUGAUGCAACUUCAAAAUGGCAGACGAUUUACCUAACUGGGAAUUAUUUAAAUAUUAUUGGAUGUUGACAUGCUUACUGCUCAACCAGAAAACUUCUCUCAGAGGAAUCUUAUCAAGCGUUGACUGUUUGUCUUACAAGGUGUGAAUAUGGGAAAAGGCUAUUCAUUGAUCCGGAAUUUCUGAGAUUAAGACACACAUUGAAAGCAAAGUAAAAAGAACUGAAAAAACAAGGUGCUCACUUGUGAAAUAUUUUUUCAACACUCAAAGAGAAAUUUUGUAUCUCCGCACUGCCAUGUAAUAAUAAUUAUGCUCUAUAUAUCUUAUACCUCAUAUGGCUUGUAUUUUUGGGGGGUUUUAAUUUUUGUGGUUUCUUUCCACUGUACAUAAACAGUUGCAACCUAAGAACACAUCCUGCAAAAUGACUUCCACAACUCUAAUAACUUAGAAAGACAACUUACAUGGAGUUUUAAAUUGUGUUGUAGGUAAAAAUUCAGGUUAAUCCUGUAUUCAACCUUCUUUGAUUCAGAAUUUCCUCUGUUUUUUAGCCUUUAUCUUUCAUAGGAGACAAAAAAUAAAUUUUGGUUUAACCUGAGAACAAAUUUUACGUACAUUGUUUUCAGUGUUGGCCUCGCUCUCUAUGAGUUCUAUGUAGCUAAAGUGGAUAGAGUGCUCACCCGGUGUAUUCAAAUACUGUCGGGGUCUCAGAUUUUUUUUUGUCCCACGCUCGUGACGUGCUGAUCAUUUCAUUUUCACAGUGUUUUCACAUAUUGGUUUGCCUAUAUUUGUGACUCAAUUUAUAAAGGAAUGUUUGAAUGGUUAAGAAAUAAAUUCCCACAUGGGCAAACCAAGUUGACCGAUCCCAAAAAAUAAUUUUUUCCUGCAAAAUACAAAAAAUCACCUAUCUGUAAAAUCAGACUCUCACAAAAAUAAAGUGUGAAAUGGUACUGAUGACAACAUUGCACCAUUAUUAAAGGUACCUUCUUUUUCUGCUCCUAUUGUAGUGUUCAUUGCAAAGUUUGAGUCCAGGGGUGCCUUUUUAUUCAACCCAAAUUCCAGAAAUUUUGGUUAGAAAGCAAAUGGAACCGACCAUUUUUGUUCAAUUUGGCCAGAAUAUUUGAUAACACCUUUCAAGGUGGUCCACUCUGGGCUGUCCUAUUGGUAUGACUGAAAUUACCCUUUCCAUUUGACAUAAUUAUUGUUGUCCCUGCUCCUACUCAUCUGUAUCCUUCUUACAAGCACCUACCCAAACACACACUGGCUUGAGUCAGGUCUGUACAACUGGAAUGUAUUGUACCAUUGAGUGUGUGGAAUUUCCAAAAUUUCAAACAAGAAUUUUUGUUGAACGGAACGUACCAUAAAGCUAGAUGUGGUUGGCCUUCAUCUGCUGUGUCUUGGGUUGACAAGAGAUUUUAAUAAAAAUAAUUUGAAAAACGUACCGUUAAAAGCAUUAUACUGUGUCUUUGUAAUACAAGGUUACACCCAAAGUACAACGUACAUAUCCAGGGCUGUCAUUAAGAGGCGUGGACCGGAGAUUUCCCCUGGCUACCCUAAACAUUCACAUACACAUGAAAAGAUCAGCAUUGUUAUCGUUACAUGAGAAAUCACACCUUGUGCAGCGGUGUCUCUGACAGCAGUACCUUUGUCAAAGUAAUUUUGAUGCAACUUCAAAAUGGUGGACGAUUUACCUAACUGGAAUCUAAAUAUUAUUGGAUGUUGACGAGCUUACUGCUCAACCAGAAAACAAAAAUACAAAGAAAAAGAUGAUGUAUGACCUGAACAUUGUUCUAAAAUUUCUUCGCGAGGUUUCGGAAAGAAGAGAGAAAAUUAGAGAAUAUUCCACCAGAGGAGGUGAAUAUAUAGCUUAGUGAAUUCAUUAUUGCUGCUAGAAUGAAGAAAGGAGAACAAUAUGAGCCGUCUUCUCUCAGAGGAAUCUUGUCAAGUGUUUACUGUUAUCUUACAAGGCACGAAUUUGGGAAAAGGCUAUUCAUUGAUCCUGAAUUUAUGAGAUUGAGAGACACAUUGAAAGCAAAGCAAAAAGAACUGAAGAAACAAGGCGCUCAAUGACACUUGUGAAAUAUUUUUUCAACACUCAAAGAGAAAUUUUGUAUACAUAAUAUGCUCUACAACGUAUCGAGCACUCUACUACGGAAAAAUCGAAACACAGACUUCCUAAUAUGCUCUAUAUACAUGUAUCUUAUACCUUAUGGCUUGUAUUUUGGGGGGUUUUAAUUUUAGUAGUUUCUUUCCACCGUACAUUUACAGUCGCAACCUUAGUACACAUCCUGCAAAAUGACUUCCACAACUCUAAUAACUCAUAAAGACAACAUACAGUUUUUAAUUUUGUUGUAGGUAAAAAUUUAGGUUAAUCCUGUAUUCAACCGUCUUUGAUUCGAAAUUUCCUUUGUUUUUUAGCCCUCAUAUUUCAUAGGAGACAAAAACGAAAUUUUGGUUUAACCUGAGAACAGAUUUUACCUACAUUGCUUUCACAUGUUGGUUUGCCUAUAUUUGUGACUCAAUUUAUAAAGGAAUAGUUGAAUGCAGUUGUUAAGAAAUAAAUUCCCAAGCAGAAACCAGGUUGUGGACCAAUCCAAAAAAUAUAAUUUGUUCCUGCAAAAACUCCCACAAAAAUAAAAUGUGAAAAUAGUACUGACGACAACAUUGCACCCUUAUUAAGUGUACUUUCUUUUCUUGUUCCUAUUGUAGUGUUCAUGUCUGCAGUUUUAAAGGAUUUUUAGGAUUCCUGUGAUGUCCAGGGUGAGGGUAAGUCGGAAAAUUGAUCAUCUGUUAGUUGUAGUAUUGGUCUAGUUAAGGUUGAUUGUUAAUUCUUGGUAUUUAUAUCUUCAUUCUCUAGUUGUAAGCUUUGAGGAGUUUGAGCUGUGGCUCUAAAUUUUGGUGGAGGGAUGUUAUUCGUGUCAGACCCGAAUCAGGGAGGUCUGAUUUGAGCCCUCUGUGUUGUCACUUGAUGGAUUUUCUUAGACAAGAAACUAUUUCUUAUGUUACUUCUCCCUCACGGGUGUUUAAUUUUGUAUUUAAAAGCAGCAUACCGCUGGGAGCAAUAAUGAAAAUUAAUGGUGGCCUAGCAUUUCAUUGAGUAGGGAUGGAGGGAUGGUGGGCUAAGUCAGGGUCCGAUAUUAACUUUUUAACAUGGGCACCAACUGGGGAGCAAGCAUAAAUUUUUUGUCGGCAGAGGGCAAAUUGUGGUCACCAAAAAUUUUCCCUCCCUUUUUUCAAAUAAAUGUUUAAACACGAAUAAAAAAUGCAUGGUAUGGACAUUUUUGUGUUCAAAAAUUGUACUACUUCCGCUCCAAAUACCAGAAAACGACCGUAAAUGUACGUGUACAAGUGAAGUCUUAUUAUUUAUUUUUUUCACAAAUUACUUUUUGGAGAUAUAAAGCUAUCUGACCUAGAACCUAGGAACAGAAAGCUAUCUACCCAUGACUGCACUCAUCAUAUCAAAACUGACUGUUUUCUUCCGAUAACUACCACGACACGAAACAUAAACACAAGUCACGAGUCAAGCCGCCAUGUUGCUCGUACCAGUGCCACAAGUGUGCCACAUUACUCGUAGCAUAUGGGUAAAGUAUAAUUCCACAUACAUAACUUACUUACAGUAGUUCAGCUGAAAACAACAUGGCGGCUUGGAAAUGUUCAACUUGUAUUGAUCGUAGCUGUUGUGGAGGCAUAUUUACCGGAAGAUUCGUUUCACUUUUAAUUAGAAAAUAUAGCAGGACAAAAGACACCUGUUGGCAAAAUAGCUUCGAGGUUUCAAAUCUUAAUCAUUUUCUCCGGACGUGAAAGUCUACGAUAACAACCAGCCCUACAAGUCGCCAGCUGGCGACCAGCUAUGAAAUUCUGGUCGCCAGAACUGAAUUUUUAGUCGCAUGGGCGACCAGGAAGGCGCAAUUUCGGACCCUGUUUAAAGUUCUUGAUGAUGCUUUGUGCUGCUCAAACCAAGAUACCGUUUAGUUAAGUUUAGUUAUGUGGGGCUCAUUGGCUUGUUUUGACCCUUCAAGCCCCAAGAGUGAGUAAAGUCAAUUUUCUCCUAUAUUUGUUCAACGCAUCAACAAGAGAGAAGGUUAUGAGAAUAAUCAAAAUGAUCACUCAAAGGAAAAUGCUUUAUAUCUUUUAUAAACAAAUUCUCUCUACUAAUUCUUUAACAAGGUAUGUGGAGGUCAGUCUGGAGACUUUGUAUUUGCAUUUUGUUGUUUUAAGGGUUAUUAAAAUAAUCUGGGAUAUUGAGUUGGUGCACUAAGCUUUAUGAUCCCUACCUCAAUACAAAGAGAGUUUUAGCAACAAUGACAGCAGUGGCAACAAAAAACGUUACUAUUAAAAUGAAUUUACCUUUUUAAACUUUGUUGAAAGUUUUCCACGACUGCACUUAUAUUGUCAAAUUAAUGUGAAUGAACUUCCUUGGAGUGAAAUUCUUCUUCAUCUACAUGUAAACUUCGCGUUAGAAACUUUUCACGUCAUAUUUGUGCAAUAAUAGCAAAGAGUGUACCAUAAAGUGUGCUGCAUGUGCAGAGUUGGUUUUUUUUGCUCAUUAAAUCUAUUACUUUUGUGAUGUUCCUGUUGCUGGUACUGUCAUUGUUGCCAAACAUAGUUACGGUGUGACCGGGAAAACCACGAACACCUGAAAUAUUUCUGGAAUGUUACUGUCGUCCAAGAAAAAAGCCAAUCAGGUGUGAGAAAACUGAACCACAAGCAAGAUCGUUAAUUAGUUUGUGAUUUUGUGGCCAGUUCACGUGUCUUGAUCUUUGCUGUGAUUGGUCAUAACCAUAGUUGGUCAUAACACAAUAAACAUUCCUGAGAUAUUUCAAGUGUUCACGGUUUUCCCGGCCACACUGUAACAUGCUCCUCACUUCUUAGUGUGGUACUGUGAUUUUGAGACAGUCUUAGUAAUGUGCAGCAUAUUUAACUUUUUACUUUGCAAGUUGUCUCUGUCACCUCUCCCUCCAAAUUAUAGUGAUAUUCCCAUGAUAGUUUAAACAUGUUAUUGUCCUCAAGUUAAAGUAGAAAGUGAAGUUGAUUUGUAACAGUUUUGAACUGUCACCGUUUUCAAGAAGACGUUACUCUAUUAUUCGCCGAAGGCGAAGUUAAUAUUGUGGAAUAAUCAACAAUUAAAUCAAUCAAUUAUUCAACAAUAUUAACUGAGCCUGAGGUGAAUAAUUGUUUUAGUAUAAACACACGAAGUGAUGUCAACAGAAUCAGAAAGGAAACCAUGAAAAAAAAAAAACGAUUAGUUUGAUUCAGGGGUGAAUUCAUGCGUGAGCAUGUAGCCGUAAACAGCAGAUGCACAAUUAUACAGUUGGAUCUUUACAGUAUUUCAAACAUGGCAAAUCAUAGUUUUAUUUUUGUUGUAAGCUUUAGCAUCAGUGAUUGAAAAGAAAACGUUGAAAGUUUAAAUAACUCCUCUUUCUGAGAAGAAACACAGAGCUUUAUUUUCUUCUGUCAACUCUCUGUCAAUGAGACAAUUUUUUUGUCGCUUCUUGCAAAUGCUGUCAACAGCGGUUACGAUCGAGGUGAACGUUGUUUAUCUGCAGUGCAUUGUUCCUUACCAUGUUAACUUACUGGCACGUACAGUUUUUGAAAACAUUUACUUUCCUUUUUCUCUCCAUAAAUUAACUUCUAUUUCCAGGCAAAAUUGGUCUUGCGAGGAAAUCCCAAGUUCACAAAAAAGUGACAAAGCGCCUCGUUUUCCUCUGUAGUGAUCAACAAAAACGUUGCUUCCAGCGUAUGAAAGUCAACUACAGUAAAUCAUUUCGCAAUAAAAUCACGCUGUUUAAACACCAUGAGGUCUUUUCUUACCUUCAAAAUCAUCAACCCUGGGAUAUUCUUGUAUUUUAAAGAAGUUCUUACUCUGAAACUUGGCAAAACACCCAGUUCACGACAGCGAUUCUGUUUUGCUUUAUAUUCACACUUUGAAUAUUUAACAAUUAUUCCUCGAGCCUGACUGGGCUCUGAGUCAGUAGCCCAUAAGCCGAAGGCGGAAGGCCGAAUGGGUUAUUGACUCAGAGGCCAUGAGGGCGAGAGGAAUUAUUGUUUUAGUAAAAUCCAACUAGUUGGUCAAAAAAAUCGAGACAAAACAACUUCGGCUUGCAAAACGCGAUUCAGCUGCCAUUGUUUUGGUUUUCAAAGCCAGCGCUUUUCGCAUUUCGGUUAUGAACUUACAGUGUAGUUAAAAGGACUUUUAUUAAACCUUUUAGUAAAUUCAUGCUACUCUCCUUUUAGGAUUUGUCAUCCUUUCCUAGCACAGCCUCUACAUCACGGGAAGACCAUGAAAUCGAUUCAGGAUCCACUUCCUCCAGGAAAUUGAGAGUUACUCUGUUAAGCAGUGAAUGGAGAUCAACAAAAGGAGGCUUGUCAACCAUCAACCGAGAGCUGGCCAUUCAGUUGGCAAAACACCCCAGCAUGGAGGUCAGUGUUUAUCUCCCUCAGUGUAGUGAAGAGGAUAAACAAGUUGCUAGAGAUCACAAUGUCUCCCUCAUUAAAGCAAGAGAAAUGCCAGGUUUAGAGCCAAAUUUCUGGUUGUCUUGUUUGCCGGAAGACCAUGCUGUGGACUGUGUGAUAGGGCAUGGGGCCGUUCUUGGUCGGCAGGUGCAAAUCAUCAAGCGAACUCAUCCUUACUGCAAGUGGAUUCAGGUCGUUCAUACCGCUCCAGAAGAACUUGGAAUGUACAAAGACUAUGAAGAGCACAUUUCCAGAGGUGAGGAGAAACACCAGGUUGAAGUUGAACUCUGUAAAUUGGCUGAUCAAGUUGUAGCAGUUGGACCCAAGCUGGCUGAAGUAUUUUCAGGUUAUCUUCGUCCUUGUGGGAAAGAUCAAGAUGUUCUCAAUUUCACCCCAGGAAUUUUCUCGGAGUUUGCAGAUGUAAACCAAGCCACUGAAGAAAGAAAGGCAUUCAAUGUUUUGGUCUUUGGACGUGGCGACAAUGAAGAUUUCAAGCUGAAGGGAUAUGACAUCGCUGCCCAAGCCAUUGCUGAGUUGAAAGACAUGACCUACAAACUUGUGUUUGUUGGAGCAACACGGGGAGAAGAAGAGAAAGUAGCAAAAAAGUUAGUCGAGCAAGGCAUUGAUCCUAGUCAACUUAAAGUGCGUCGCUUUAAUGAAAGUAGAGAGAAGCUAGCUGAUCUAUUUUGUGAAGUAGAUCUUGCUGUAAUGCCAUCACGAACUGAGGGAUUUGGUCUUGCUGCGCUAGAGGCUUUAUCUGCUGGUCUGCCUGUGCUAGUCAGUGGGAACUCUGGUUUUGCAGAAGCUUUAAAGAAAGUUCCACAUGGUUCAAGCUGUGUUGUCGAAUCAGAAGAUCCUAAAGACUGGGCCAAAGCAAUCAGAGCUGUCCGUCACAAAGACAGGGAAAUGCGACUUGGGGAGUUUGACGUUGUGCGUGGAGCAUAUGCAAAAAAGUACAGCUGGAAGGAACAGUGUGAUAAACUUGUUGAAAGGAUGAAAGUGAUCUCUUCAGAAGGUCAGUUGAAAUUAGUACUGUUGUAUUGCGUCUUCUGUUGCAUAUGUAUUUUGAUUUAAAAUGAGCCCCCAAAUAAAGCAAACUCACAUCGCUCUUUACCACUGGCGAUAUUUUGCGGGAAAGAAUGAUGAGAGGCGGCUUUAUUUGCAGGCUAAAUGUACGUGUAAUACUUAAUGGUUAUGAUUUAUUGCAUUCAUCCACUAAAAUGAUGUGGUGCACUCAUUAAACGUGAACGCUCCUUUACAUGUAGAUGUUGAACGUAUCACAAACCACUGCACCUGUUUUGGCAGAAAUAGCCGUAUUAUUAGAAUGAUGACUAAACAAGAAUAUUUCAGUAGAGGUCGACUGGAGGUAAAACGCUUUCUGAAACAUUGAUAGAAAGUUAAGGUCCACUGUGCAUGUGAAUUCCCUAGUUGAAAACAAAAAACAUGUUUUGUAGCAUAACAGGUGUCAUACUGCUACUGGCAAACGUGAUUAAAUCAACACGAAACUGAUUUCAUUUCAGACUUUUCAAAGAGACUUCAGCCUUUGGACAAAGGUAAAAAGCCCUUAUCCCCAGUUGUUACCCUAGCUUCAAAACAACCGAGUCUGUGGAGAUAUGCAGGUAAACCAUGUGUUGCUGCAGUGUAUCAUUUGUUAGAGUAUUCAGUCUAUUUGAGGUAUAGUGCUGUGCUGUGUUGAUUUCUAUCAUUUCGUUUGGGUAUGAGAGGGCUUGUACAACUGUUAUACAUAAAAUCGGGCUUCAUUAUUCCGGUCGUGGGGCUCUUUUAUCACUACUGCUAUGUACGGCAGCAUAGCAGUACUAUGGAUAUUAAUGACAUCUGGGAUUUUAUUUUUUUACCGAAAGUUGCUUAAAGGGACUGAGCUAACAGUAAACUUGCCAAGAGCUAAAACUAAACAAAACAAAGGCUACUUUCACAUAGCCUGUAAGGAGAGGGGGCGCUGUACACAGGCUACUUUCACAGGGCAUCAGACAGACCGGCUGAAAAAUUUGAGCGGAAUCUUCGUUUAUACGGAGCCGUUCGAUAUUAAUUUUUUUCUGUCUGUUCAUACGGAACUGACGAAUCAGGUUGCAGUUUAACUGUUGUCAGCGGUUUUUCCAUCUGCUCAUGCGCAGACGGCGCUUCUUGAGCAUCCGAAAUACCGUCUCCCAACUGAGUAACCACGCAUCCAUGCAACAGCGCGCCUUUACCAUGUAAAACAUUUAGCCGGAAAUAGUGUUCACACCGCGCAGGUGAGAUUUUCGACUGUGCCGACAAAAAAUGUGACCUCGAUUUUGACGUGGAAGUUUUUGAACGGCUAGCCGUCUAAAUUUUUCUUUGGUUAAGGUGGUGAUGUGUGAGUCUGUUUUUCGAAGGAUAAUAUCCUGGGCUGGGUUGUUCAAAGCAGGGUUAAGAUAAACCAGGGUUAGUGCAAAAUUUCAAUUCAGAUAUGAAAGUCAGUUUUAUUUUUUUUCUCCACAAUUUGAUGAUUUGAUGCUCUAAAAAGAAGAGAGAAAAUUAUCCUGAAAAAUGCUUUUCAACAAAAGAAAAAGAAACCUGGGUUAAAAUUUAACCCUGGGUUAGCGCUAACCGGCUUUCGAACAAGUGGGCCCAGGACUUUCUUCGUCGUCAGCUUUAGUAAAAUAUAGUAAGCAACUCUAAUAAGCUGAAUUGUCCAGCGGGCCUGCGAAGGUUUAUGAACUUUAUUUAUACUCAAUUCAAGAGUUCACGUCAAACAAUCCUUUUUUUAGGUGGCAGUAAGGAUGAGCAGGAUUUAUCUUUAAAAACCACUGCGGUUUGUUCAGUUUACGAGAAACCUAUACUUGUCAAGAAACCUCUUCAUAAAGGUACGUUUAAUCUUAGAAACAUGAGCAAUAUACUUGCGAGUGCAAAACGUUUUUGAAUGUAUGCUUUUAUGAAACAAUUAUUGUUUCCAACAUACUCUUCAUUCACCCGGACGGUAUUGCUCAACCUACUUAUUGAAAUGCACUGUAAUUUGUACAAUGAACUCCUGAAAAAGUUCUUUUAUUUUACGCUUCCUUCUUUUUCCAAUUUCUCUGUCUUAUCAUGUGAGUUGUGAUCAAGAGAUCAUAACAUAUCCAUUUGAAGUACAGUGAAUGUCAGGAAAACAUUAACAGAUUGUUCGGUUUUUUGCUCCCGACAGAUACAGAAAACUCAAGUGUUCUGAAAAUGCUCAGAGCUGAAUAUGAGAGACGGGCAAAGUUGAAGCCACUUUCUUGGUUAAACACUAUGCAAUUGUCACUGAAAAACGUCUACACAAGACUGAAAAUUAUCUCAAGAAGAAAAGCAGACUUCCAGGUUCAAAAUGACAAGUUGGGCAUGUACGACAUCUUCCAGGCCCUUGGCGAAAGUGAGGAUGUCAAAAUGACGUUAGCAGAGGGAAGUCCAGGAACCGGUAAAACUACGUUUUGCGUCAAACUUGCCUAUGAUUGGGCACGUGGAGAAAUGCCAACUAAUUGUUCCUUUCCUAAAUUCGAAUUUGUACUGCUCCUUAAAUGUCGAGACAUAAACGGAGAUCUAAUGGAAGCUAUCAAGGAACAGCUUUUGCCGGAAGAUAUCAAGGAGGAGACCUGGACAAAGCUGUCUGACUUCAUUACGAAUAUUGAUAACCAAGAGAGAAUUUUAAUUAUUCUGGAUGGUCUGGAUGAGCUUCCUGAAAAGUCACGACCAUAUGUUCAUAAACUUCUCAACAGAAAAAUCUUACCUUUUUGUUAUGUCAUUGCUACAUCCCGGCAGGAAACAGGAAUUGAAGUUCGUAAAAACUGUGAAUUUGAUCUUCUUCUGGAGAUCAAAGGAUUUACAGACGAAGAUGCCUUUCAGUAUAUCAGGAAGCAUUUCCAAAACAUUGGCCCGGAGCAUACUUCAAAAGGAGAAAGUCUGAUAGUGGAAAUUAAAGAAAACUAUUUAUUGAAUGCACUCCGAAAUAACCCGUUAAAUUUAACACUCCUCUGUGUUGUUUAUGAAGACUACAAAGGAAAACUACCAACUGGCCGAACUGAACUUUACCAAGUAGUUGUCCAGUGCCUUUUGAGACGUUAUUGUGAGAAACACAACUUUGCGGCCCCAGAAGAAAACAGCGCCUUAGAGAAGCAAUUUGAAGAAAGCAUUCUCGCCCUUGGAGAGCUAGCUUGGAUGUGUCUACUUAGUGAACGUCACGGGUUUCGUGAAAGUGAAUUAGCAGCACUUAAAAUGAGAUACAAAGGAUUGGUAGCUCGUGACAUAGGCCUUCUUUACAAGGAAGAAAGUCUGAGGAGGUUAAAUCCGCAACAUGAGUACUACUUUCUUCACAAGACCUUCCAAGAGUACCUGGCUGCCUCCUUUAUUGCUCACAAGUUGCGAAGAAACGAGUUAAAGUUGUUUGAGCGCCUACGUUUUCAUGAACUGGUCAAAAAGUAUCGAGAAGUGUUUCUUUUUGUGUCUGGUAUAAUGGGAAGGGACGCAACCAUUUUAUUCACUCUGGUGGGCGAGGAGCUAAAAAAUUGGGGAGAAUGGGACUGGGUCACUUGCACACAGUCUGGAGUAGUGACGAUGAAUAACCAAAAAAGGAAAGAUAAGUGUUACGACAGGUACAACAGGGACGACAAUGAGGAUGAUGACGACGAGGGCCAAGGCUGGGAAGAUGACUGGGAUGACUUCUGCUGUAACAAUGAGAAGGAUCAUGGCUGGGAAGCAGCAACUUUUUUCACGCAAAGCUUCAGCGAAAGUGGGCACAAUGAACGAAUGGCAGAGACUCUUUGUUCCUACAUACCCUUUCCUGCGCAUGUUAAGAUUGGCCUAGGAAUGGACGACUUUGACAAUAUAUAUCACGUUUUAGAGGCCUGCAAAACCUUUUCAAACCUACAGGGGCCCGUUCAGCUUACUGUUAAUGAUUAUUGUAUGCCCGACGAAGGCUUUUUGAGCGUUGCAAAGCGCAUACGAUCCUGCUCUCAGCUUCAGACCCUUACCAUGUCCACCCCUGCAAUGACAUCAUACCUAGCUAACGACUUAAGUAUCGGCUUAUCUGGAAACACGACUUUAUCAGAGUUUACGCUUAAAGUGACUGGCAGUAUCCAUUGCGAUGCGGCUGUCAUAAUUGGUGAAUUGUUAGCUGCAUGCAAAGCUUUGCGGAAAGUAACGUUUCAACUUGAAAGCGUUUGGGGGGAGACGUUAGCCAGUGCUAUUGAACCUGCUUUGUCUGCGGACACUCCUUUGAAGUCUGUGGACCUCCAGGUUCAUGGGUCAUUGUAUGAUACUGCUGUCCAUGGUUUAGGAAAGCUUUUAUCAAAUAAAGCUUUGGCCUCAUUUUCCCUUCAUAUCUCUGGGGAUGUGCAAGAAUUUGUAGCUGCUGUUAUUAGCCGAGGAAUUGCGCAACAAACUGUCCUCAAGUCAUUGGCUUUCAGUGUUGACGGCAACCUUUGUCUCUCUGGUGUGACUGCUCUUCAAAACAGUCUUCUAGAAAACUGUUCUUUAAAUGAUUUACGUCUGACUCUCCAUGGAGAGAUUCCUGACGACUGGCAGUCUGUUGUGGAAAAUGUUUGUUCGGUAAAGAAGGGGUCAGUUAACUGUACUUUUCAUCCAGACCCUGGCAAUAGUAUUACAUAUAAUCAAGUGGCGCAUUUUCGUCCUGCUGUGGUCGAGAGGGGGUUAGAAACAAAACAACACUUUACUGUAGUUCUUUGGGGAGAGCUGAAGUGUGGUGGAGCGGAAGAUUUAUUUGAGGUCUUGGUACCUGUCCCCCUGACAAGCCUGACGUUGAAAGUGCAUGGAAAAUUAGGUGAUGGUAUUGCUAAUGUUAUUAAAAGAUAUAUCGGACGACAAAAUACACUAUCCUCCCUGACAAUCAACAUUUGGAGAAAGUUGGCCCCGGGAACAGGAACCAUACUUCAGGAACUAUCAGAUAAAAACGUAACUGUUCAAGUAAAGGAGCAUGGCGUCUGCAUUGUUUCUAAGGAAGUGUGCAACACUCUUGAUGUCUCUAUUGACAACCCUGCAUCACUGGCACCAGUGCUCUCUGAACUGAAGGAUACUAGAAAAGAGAAGAUUAAUCUUAGAAUCAUUAACGACAGUAAAGUAAGUAGGGACUGGCCACGUCUUCUAGGUGAUUCUUUGGCAGAAAAUACAUUGCUUACAAUGCUGGAUCUUACGGUGAGCAACUACGUAACAAAUUCACGAAUAGGAAAAGUCCUCGGGGAUAGUUUGCUGCGAAGUUCUUCAUUAACAGUUUUAAGUCUUACAAUCUGCAACUACAGUAACAUGGCAGAAGGCUGGGAAUGCACGCUGGUCAACAGCUUGGCUAAAAUGGCGUCAUUAACCACACUUAGCCUCGCAAUUGACGAUCGUGGCGAGGUCAACUAUCGCGUAGCAGAUUUGAUGGCAGUGAAGUCCUUGUCUAUGCUUUCCGUCGUGAUCAGCGGUAGUAAGUUAAAUAUUUUCUGGUCUCACUUUCUGAGAAAAUGUUUGGAAGAAUGCACUUCACUAACAAAACUCAGCAUUACAAUCAACAACUAUCAGCGUGUCUGUAACGAUCCCGACUUCGAUUCAAGACGCAUUAUUUACCGUUGGGAGGAAAGUUUUGCUUAUGGACUGGCAAGUACCUCAUCUUUAAAGGAACUAGCCAUUACGAUCAACAACAUCACCUGUACUUAUUUUGACUGGGCAGAGAAAUUAAUUAAGGGACUCCCAGUGAACAAUUCAAUAACGUCCCUCACUGUCACAGUCAGUGACUACAACUACUUGAGCUUCUUGAGCUGGAUACACCCUCUAAAAAGUUGUUUAGCGAAAAACAAGUCGUUAACUACACUCACUCUGACAGUAAAUGACUACAGUGAAGCUGAACAGCGUAAAUACUGGCUUUAUCCAUGGAGAUUUGGUGAUGAUUUUCCAGAAAACACUUCAUUAACUGAACUCAAUCUGACAGUCAACAUCCGCAGUGAAGUAGGUGAAGACUGGUUACCAAGUUUUUGUGACAAUUUAAUGAGGAAUUGCUCCUCCCUGAGAACGGUGAGAUUGCAAGUCAACAACCGUUGCACUACAAGCAAAAGUCGUAUAUAUGACUUAAGCAAACUUCGGUUAAAAUACCGAUCAUUAUCCACAUUUGAACUCUCUGUAACUUUCUAUGGAGAGUAG